GUCUGUGAUUUUUUUAAAUUUAAUUAAGUUUUCCCAAAACGGAAAUAUAAAAGACAAAGUGUUUUGUUAUUUUAAUAAUAAAAAGAGAAAAAAAAUAGAAGAAAGAAAAUAUUAUACUUAUUCUUUGAAUUAUUUAUUGGUAAACAACACGACGGAUUUCAUACCUGAUUUGUACACGGGGUGCAGUGAGCUGUUGAGCAGCCCACUUGGGGCAGCAGCGGCGGCUGGUGGCGCUGCUCUCCCACCGACGUCCCCACCCCAAGCGGCGGGACCACCCCCAGCAUCUUUACAACAAACACCGCAGCAUAUUACCGAUGGACGACGCUCACAUAUGCCUGUCGCUGCUACUGAACAUGCUGGGCUCGGCCCUUAUGAUUUACAGGACCCUGUAUGGGUCAAGAUGAGUGGUGCAGUCGCGUCUGGCGUUACGAAGAAGCGGAAGAAAUCCGAUACAAAACCACAAGCCCAAAAAAAUAAAUGCUAUAAUGAAAAGCGGCGACGCGAGCAAGAGAAUCACUACAUAGAGGAUCUGGCUGAUUUAAUAUCCGCCAGCUUUGCGGACAUGAGCUCGCUGUCCGCCGUGAAGCCGGACAAGUGCGCAAUUCUCCAGGAGACCGUGAAUCAGAUACGUCGUUUAAAAGAAGAGGAACGAUCUCGUACGCACCUGGAGCAAUCAACCUCAGCAUCACCAGGAGCCCUUGCAACAAACGCCGUCCAACAGGGUGAAGUUUCUUCGUCGCGCCCGACCGAUAUAUUAGCAAACGAUUUUGCACCAUUCCUGUUGGAAGCCCUUGAGGGCUUCCUAAUAAUUGUAUCCAAAGAAGGACGUAUUGAACAGUGUUCUAAAAAUAUUGAAAAAUACAUAAAAUUUACGCAAGAAGAGGUGUUACAUAAAGACUUUUUUAAUAUAAUACAUUUGGGUGAUACAGCCCGAUUUAGUGCAAUUUUAAAGCCGCCUAUGUCAGUUGGUUGGAACGGUGAAGAUAGUGAAUUAUCAGCACCAAAUCGUUCAUUUACGUGUCGUUUUUUAAUUAAACCACCAGACGAUCGUGAAGCAUCAUUAGACGAACGUCAACAACGUGUCGACAAAUACGAGCAUAUGCAUGUUUGCUCCACGGAAGUACAAUAUCCACCAAAAGAUGAGAAUGCCGAAACGUGUUUAAUGUGUAUUGCACGACGUAUUCCACAUACAGAAAAAGCAAAAGUUAUCUCUGCUGGUGGUUCAGCAGCAUUAGAACAAUUCUCAACAAAAUUAGAUACAGACGGUAAAAUUGUAUCAAUUGAUACAAGUGCAGUGAGUGCUACGUAUACGCCUUACAUAAACAAAGGCCUCGUUGGUAGUAUUAUACAGGAGUUAUGUCCGCCGAGCGAAGUGUCAAGAAUCAAUGCACAUCUGAAGGAAGUCAUACAAACUGGCAAUCCUGUCACUGCUACAUUUAAAUUACGAUUUGCGUCUGCACUUGAUAAAUAUAUUAACAUACAAUCAAAAUCAAAAUUUUUUAAAAGCGAAGUGGCCGAGCAUAUUAUGUCCACACAUUUUAUUAUUGGUAUUGGUGAGCUAGACGAGUUAGAAAGUGGCGCUGGUGAAAGUGGUCAAGGAAGUUUAGCAAGUACACCAAUCGGUGAUCCAGUAAUGGCAAGUGUUAUGAAUGGUGCAACACCGGCAUCAAUAACAUCCGGGGUAUCAACUCCAUCGACAUCGAAUACAUCUUUAAACAAUAAUUCAUCAACAUCGGUGUCAUCGUAUAAUUUAUUUACAACACCAGAACCAGAAUUUGAUUUUCCAUUUCCAACAUCAACAUGGGAUAUGGAUUUAGGAUGGGGUGAAGCGUCAUCAUCAUCACGACCAAGUAGUCGACAUAGUGCGACAACGACCCCUGUAUCAACGCCUACACCGCAGCGACCGCCUAGUGCAAGUCCACAUCAUGGUGGUUCAAAUGUACAACCUUGUGUUCCUAGUCCACAUCAUCAACAAACAUUCGCAUCACAACCUCAACCUAGUCCAGCUAAGAGUCAACAUAACUUUGGUGCAGGGAGUAGUGGGUUUUCAUCGUUUGAUGAAACUACCAUCAAAAUUGAAGAUCAGUCACAGUCUUCAUCAAUAUCGACGAAUAAAGAUUUGGAUGAAAGUUUAAAUGGGUCUGGUCGAUUACGAACGUUGUUAUCAAAGAAAUCUACGGAUUCGUUACAGUCAACGUCUCCAUCAUUAAGUAAUGAUAAGAAUAUGAUACGAAAUAAACAUUGUAUUCUGGAAGAAUUGUUACAUCAAAAUGAUGAUGACGAUGAAUCGAAACAUGAUAUUAAAAUGAGUCCACGAAGUCUAACUGGUGGUAUGAGUAGUGGAAUUUCAUCACAUCAACCAAAUUUGGAACAACCAAAAGUAUCGAGUGGAAAUAAUCAAAUGUUAUUAAGGUUAUUAAAUGAAAAAACCGAUAAUGAUGAUGCGGAAGCUCGAGCGGGUUUCAAAAAGCAAAGUGAGUUACUCCAGCAACUAUUAAAAGACACCGAUGAAGAUACAAAGCCAUCGUACUCAUCGUCAAAUGAUACCCAAUCAGCAUCUUCUCAAGAUGACUCAAUAUUACGUCGACUUGGCUUUACAAAUUCCCCUUCAUCGCCAUCUCGGAAACGCCCAAACGAAGAUGGUAACGAUGAUCACCAAAACAAACGAUUAUCAGAUGGUACACAAGUCAGUUCUUCUGGUAGCAUCAACAGCGGUGCAGGUAACAAUGGCGCUCCUGGAAGUAAUAGCAACACAAGCAGUAAAUUAUGUCAAAAGAAUAAAAUGCUUGCACAAUUACUUGCAAAACCAUCUGCAGCGACCACGCCAAUACCAACACUUCCUGAAAGGGUGAUUACAGCUACACCACAAGAGAUGUCUCGAGUGGGUGGUGAAAUUCGUAAAAAUUUCUUGUACAAUGCAACUACAUCAUCAACAAAUACAACUAACAAUAACGUUGUUUCUGGUAGUGGUCGAGGACGUGGUGCAACACCAGGUGGACCUGGUGGAGGUGUCACACGAACAACAACCAACGCAUACAUAAAUCAAAUAUUAACAAAUCAAAAUUUCAAUGAAGCAAAUCGAGUUCCUACACGUAAUAACGCUAUUGAUAUACAUAAUCAACAAUAUAGUAUAGCCGGGGCACGCAGUCUACAAGGUAUUGUAAGUGGUGGUGUACAAUGUGUGACAGAUAACAAUAACAUGAUGUGGGAUUCACAAAAUGAUAAAAUGUUAAGUGAUAUAUUAGAUUCGGUAAUUGAUAGUGUACCAGAAGCAUAUGUGAAUUCUAACACUGCGUUAAAAAGUUUAAUUGAUGAAUUAGAAGCGUUACAAAACAAUAAUCGGGAAGUGAUGAUGAAUGAAACAAUGGCGAUUAAUGCAAUGGCACAAUCGUUACGGCAACAAUGUGAUCAAAAUAGUGUGAAAAGCCCUUCAUCUCCUGGCCAACAAUUGGCAAAUAAUUUACCUUCUGGUACUCCACCAGCAUAUUCACCUUCUCCCCAAUCUGUAACCACACCCGGAGGGUUUCCUCCUCCACCUGGAUAUCCUCAACAACAGCGUACACGAUUUCCAGUACGUAAUCCUCAGCAGUAUGCAAUGGCGGCGGGUGGUAAUUUAACUCAGCAACAAAUAAUUUUACAACGUAGUAAAUACAACUUACAACAAGAACAAAAACGCCGAUUGUUGCAACAACAACAACAACAACAAUUGUUGAUACCAUCGAAUGCAACCGCGUCCGAAUUAAACUCAACGGGUAUUGCAAACAUUGAUAGUUUAUUAAAUAAUACCGUUGCACCAAAUGUAAGUUUACAACGGUCAUCAAAUGUGCCUCCGGAUUCACAAUUAUCACCUGGUUAUAAUAUGCCGGUAACGGCAGCAGGAGGUCAACGAUUGCAGCAACAGCCAUAUUCACCGAGUUAUUCACAAACUAGUUUUCCAACAGUGAGUGGUAGUGGUCCUGGUGGAGGGUCUAGAUUAUCACCAUUACCAUCACGAUCUGGUGGUGUAUUUUCAAAUGCAUCGUCACAACAACAACCGCAACAACCUCAACAACAACAAGUCGUGUGGGGUACUCCGGGUACUCAACAAUCGAGAUUAGGCUUAACACAACAACAGAAUCCUAUGUUAAAUGCUCAAUUAACGGGAGCGAAUUAUCAAAAUCGAUCAUUUGCGAGUGUACAAAGGGGCGGGGCGGGUGGUCAGAUGAAUCCUGUACAACGAAGUGGUUCUGUCGGUGGUGGUAUGGUUGGUAGUCCUGGUUCAGCAUCAGGUGGUGGUAAUUCACGCCAAUCACCAUUUCAAAAUACAGACUCAUAUCAAACGAGCGGUAAUGGUGGUCCUGGUAAUCAUUCACCGACAACUGUAUCAGCACCAUCGUACAAUAAUUAUCAACAACAACAAUUACAGCAUCGAUUGCAACGAACAAUUAGUGCACCACCUCCAACAGCUACCACACAUUUACCAGGUGGCCUAGGUUCCCCAAGGCAUCAUUACCCUCAUCCAAAUCCUCAUCAUGUACAAUCCCCAUCCCACCCACAUAAUAUGGGCCCACCAUAUCCCCAUUCGGGGCAGCAGGGCUACGAUUCAGUGCAGUACUGUUAUGAUCAAUCGAGCUUACAGUUAGCGUACAAUGGGGCCGAUCGGGGUAGAGCGCCCCCGUCACAGGGUGGUGGAACAACAAAUAAUAAUAUGACGUCAACCUCGGAAUUUGUACGACAAGAAUUGCGUGCUGUAGUGGGGGCUCGAACCAAUCAACAAGGUGGAGCUGGUGGCGGUAGUAAUAAUGGUGGGGGUGUAAAUCAACAACAAUCACAAAAUCAACGUGGCGUAACGCAACAACAAACACAACAAAAUACAAUACAACUGCCAGGUGGUCAACAAGUCUCUGCUGCGGAUUUGGAAACAUUAGGUUUAGCUUAUGAAAUGCCACCUACUGGUGCAAGUGAUAGCCCCAAACUCUGGGGCACAAUGGGAAGCAAUGAUAUCGGGUCAAUGUCUCCGCAAGCCAGUGCCACUCUGUCCUCUUCCUCAAGGACUAUUAUGGAAGAAACAACCAGGGCAGGUGAUCAAAAUUCAUCGUUGUUACAAAAAUUAUUAUCGGAAUAAAAGCAAAGUUAUAAACGAAAAUAAUAUUAAAAGAAGAAACUUUUUGUUGUGAAUAUUAUUAUCUUUUU